CUCUGGAGGACGUCAUGUCGAUGAUCGGGCAAGGAAGAGAUAUAAGUUCAGACACGACAGUAACGUUAGACAGCCAAAUCCCUUUUUCUUUUUCUAAAUAGCUCAAAGUUUACGUCUAAUUCAGACACCUUGGAAAUCUGGAAGCAUCCUCAAAAUGUCAAAGCACAGCGAAGAUGGCAUCCUCCCUACCAACGACCACCACAGUCCAGCGGCUGCUUCGCAUCCGCUUUCAGACAAAAGCAUUCGCCAUGAAUAUCCUGUCUUCAUCGGAGAAUUCGUCGGUACUUUCAUCUUCCUCUUUCUCUCUUUCGCUGGGACCUCUAUUGCCAUUGUGUCUGCGACGGUCGAGCAUGCCGGUCCCGAAAGCCUUGACUUGAAUCCCGUCCAGAACGUAUCUAAGCUCAUCUACAUCUCCUUCGCCUUCGGCGCCUCUCUCGCCGUCGCUGUCAGCAUCUUCGCCGAGAUCAGUGGCGCCAUGUUCAAUCCUGCCGUAACGCUCUCGCUGCUCCUGAUAGGCGCCAUCCGCCCGCUGCGCGCCGUUCACGCGGUCCUCGCGCAGCUCGUCGCCGGCAUCUGCGCCGCGGCCGUCGUCUCCGCGCUGCUCCCCGGGCCGCUGCCAACAGCGACGAAACUCGAGCCCUCCAUUAGCAUCACGCGGGGGCUCUUCCUCGAGAUGUUUCUUACCGCGCAGCUCAUCCUGACUAUACUCGUCCUACCGAGUGGGCCUAGUAAGCCUCUGGCUAUCGGGCUUUCGCUGUUUGUGGGAGAGCUGUGCGGCGUGUACUAUACAGGUGGCUCGCUGAAUCCUGCAAGGAGCUUUGGACCUGCGGUGGUGACGGGGUUUCAGGGGUACCACUGGAUUUACUGGGUUGGGCCGGCGCUGGGGGCGGGACUCGGUGCUCUGGCGUUUGUUGGGCUGAGAAUCGUCGAGCCGGCAAAGGCGAAGGAGUGAGGUGGUGGAGCGAUGUCUGAGUCGCAGCCACGGAAUUCGAAGGGAAGCGACGAGGACGCUACGAGGUCGUUGCUGUCAGCGUGGUAUG